GGCGGAUACCACGCCACCACCCAGCUAUAACCUCCACCGCAACCCUAAACCUCCUUCACUCUCCGCCUCCCGCCGCCGCCGCCGCUUCCUUCUCCGGAGAGACCCCUCCCUCCAGAGACCAGCGAGCGCGGAGCCGGAGCGAACCCUACUCUCCCACCAUGGUGCUGCAGAAUGACAUCGACCUGCUGAACCCGCCGGCGGAUCUGGAGAAGCUCAAGCACAAGAAGAAGCGCCUCGUCCAGUCCCCCAACUCCUUCUUCAUGGAUGUCAAGUGCCAGGGCUGCUUCAACAUCACUACUGUUUUCAGCCACUCCCAGACGGUUGUGGUCUGCCCGGGCUGCCAGACGGUCCUCUGCCAGCCUACAGGUGGGAAGGCCAGGCUUACCGAGGGGUGUUCCUUCCGCCGCAAGGGCGAUUGAGAAGAUCAUCACUUGAAAGCAAGCUCUAUUGAUCAAACUCUUAGUUUCCCGGAUGUAGUCUGAGAAUUUUGCAAUGCCUGCUAAGUGAACCCAUGUUAAUUUAAUCUUCCGCUAGAGUCAUGUCGUAACACUGGUACUUUACAUCAACGGUGGGAGCAUGGUCAGACCAGCCGUGUGUAUCCUGGUGACUCUUGGCGUCAAUCAAUCGUUAUUGCAGGUGA